AUGACGUCGAUACAAUCGAUAGAAGUUUACUCGGACUCGUCGUGUAAAUCGGUCGUUUCGUUGACUAUCAUCUCGACUGGAACAUGUUCAACCUCGGACUGCAUGUUGGCGACCAUUGCUGGUAAUACUUACUACACUGCAACUAGUUGUCCGUCCGAGGACGUUUACGAACACACGAAACGUGUCUAUGAAGAUACCGACUACUUGCUCAUGGAUCUAUACAAGGGAGAGGACUGCAACACGUACAUCGGAUCGAAAGCGUUUACUGCCUCUGGGGUGUGUGAAGUUGCUGAUGUCGAUGGCAAAAGUGUCAUUGCUACGCUCUUCUCGAACGGGUCUGCACAAUUGACGUACUACCUUGACGGAUCGUGCACUAUUCCUUCCGUCUCGUUCUUGAUCACCAAAGACGAUGUCUCGAGCCAUACAUGUUUGGACGACAGGAAAUACUACUUGCGCUCGGUAGAUGCAGCUACGAAUGGCAAUCUAAAUGACGGUAGCUCCAGACUUAGUGGCGGUGCCAUUGCAGGAAUUAUCGGUGGAGUUCUACUCGUGCUGGUUCUUGUCGUCGUCCUUGUGUACAGAAUACGACAGCUACAGCGCAGACUGAAUCAAGACGAAUCGAUUCAGGGAUUUCGCCUGGCAAACGGAGAUGCCUAUGAGAUGCAAUUUAGUCCGACGAAGCACCGUAGCUACGCGACGACUACAAACUCGGACAUUUGUCAACUUGACUCGCAUACUUGGGACGACGACGUUAUCAUUGCAGCUCGUAUUCCUCGUGCGGAAGUGAAGGUAGUAGAACUUAUUAACCGAGGUGGAUAUGGAGAGGUCUAUAUGGGCAGCUACCAUGGCAAACAAGUUGCUGUCAAGAUGCUGCUUCCUGAAAAGAAGAAAACGAUGUCUCAGGUGAACGCUUUUCUGUCAGAGAUUAAGUUGAUGGCAAGUCUCGACCACCCUCGUAUCGUAUCGUUCAUUGGAGUUGCUUGGGACCAGCUUCUCGAUAUUUGCGCUGUUUGUGAGUACAUGGCUGGUGGAGACUUGAAAGCUCUCAUAACUGAGUUUGACAACCAGAAAUAUCCUGUUGGCUUCGAUCAUGCAAAGGUCAAGAUUGCACUUCACGUUUCGAUCGCGUUAACAUACCUACACUCAUGCAGUCCUUCAGUGAUCCACCGUGACUUAAAGUCGAAGAACAUCUUGCUGGACGAAGCGGUGGACGCGAAAGUGACAGAUUUUGGGAUAUCUAGGGAACGUAUUGAUGCGACCAUGACAGGAGGCAUUGGAACGUCUUUCUGGAUGGCGCCCGAGAUUAUGAUGGGCGAGCGUUACGAUGAAAAGGCAGAUAUGUUUUCGUUCGGCGUCGUGCUGUCGGAACUCGACUCUCACGUUUUGCCAUACGCUUUAUCAAAGAGUAACACGACCUUGUCUUGUUCAUCCAAGGAACGCAAGCUCUCGAACGCGGCGAUCUUGCAAAUGGUGGCUGCUGGCGAAUUGUGCGUUCACUUUUCUGAAGCGUGUCCUCAGUCAAUGGUCGAAUUAGGACUGGCUUGUGUUUCACUUGACCCGAAAAACCGACCUACUGCGGCUGAAGCACAGUGUAGGCUAGAGCAAAUUCUUGCCAAGGAAGUCUAA